AUGAGAUGGAGAUGCGUCAGCACUGAGCUCAACUGCCGUGGCAUCUCUACGACCGACCAACAGUUGAUUGCAUCAUUCUUAAACGUGGGAACUAUAAUCGGCGUUUUCUUCAUUACACCGUUUGGUCGCUAUUUUGGUCGCAGGCAUGGGAUAUGGAUGGGCGCCAUUAUCGCUUUCGCCGGAUGUGCUACUCAGAUAGUGGCGACUUCAAUUGCCACCUUGUGUGUUGGGAGGGCGUUGAUGGGAGCUUCAAACGCCUUCUUCAUCACCUUUUCAAACGCGUACAUCGUCGAGUGCGCGCCUCCACGGCUACGUGCAGUUUGCUCCGCUAUGUUCGCCGUCACUAUCAACAUUGGGACUAUUCUUGGGGCCAUCGUCGACGAAAGGACAUCUCAUAUUAUGGGCAAGCUUUCCUACCAGAUUCCCCUCGCCUGUCUGUUCAUAUUUCCUACAUUGCUGAGUAUUUUCGUGUUCUUUAUUCCGGAAUCCCCCCGGUGGUUGGUACUUCAUGACCGCCGCGAGGAGGCUGAGAAGUCGCUCGCUUUUCUUCGUGGCGACUCUCUCGACCUAGAGUUUCUCCAGGAGGAGUUCGUUGAGAUCAUCCGGGGGGUAGAUGAAGAGAAGUCGAACACGUCUGGAUCUAGCAUAAUCAAUAUUUUCAAGGGCACUAAUCUACGUCGCACGAUGCUAUGCGUGGCCGUCGCGGUUUCACGCGCUUCUUCAGGUGUAUGGGUAUUCUUGUCUUACGGUACCUACUUUUACCAGCAAGCCGGAGUCGAUGAUGUCUUCAAAAUUAGUAUCUACUCCAUGGUAGUUCAGCUUGUCGGUGUCACAGCCGGCUUGUACUGCGCAUACAAAGUCUGGGGUCGUCGUACCAUGCUUCUUAUAGGGACCGGAGCCACAAUCGCGCCCGGCACACCAGGAGCUGCAAGAGUAUUCCUCGCCUUUAACUUCUUUUACGUUAUUACAUACAGCAGUUUCGCUGGAUCAAUGACGUGGCCUAUAUCGGCGGAAGUGGUGAACUCGAGAUUGCGGGUGCUCACGUUAUCCUUUGCCACCGGUGUAGAUUAUGUAUUUGCUUGGUUAAUCUCGUUUUGCUCGCCAUACUUCAUUAAUCCCACCGCCUUGAAUUGGGGUGCCAAGUAUUGCUGGAUAUGGGCGGCGUCCAAUGUCUUAACCUUCGAUGUUUCCUUGCUAAUUGGCUGUUUAGUCUUCUUCUGGCUAUUUCUACCAGAUAUGAAAGGUAGAUCCUUGGAGGAGAUUGACGAAUUAUUUGAGAAACGGGUGUCCACUAGGGACUUUCCCACGUUUGAGUGCCAGUCUUCCUCUCAGGCUCACGAUAUCGCAUUGCAUAAUAUAGAAGAAGCAAAGGUAGCGGUUACACAAGCUGAGAGAGUUGACUAA